ACAUGUUCCAUACGGAAACAAAUAAGCGUCGGACCGAGAAACCCUUGAUCGCUGUAAAGCUAUUUGGAAACAAUGGAAGCAUGUUACUGUGGGAGAAAUGUGCUGCGGUAAUGAAGCUUUGUUGACGCGUUAAACCACUGGUGUUUUAUGGUGGACGCGGUGAAGUAGUCGCCGUAAAGGUUUGAUUUGUGGAAAGAUGUUUGCCAAACCGUUUCGUGUCAAAUCCAACACUGUACUCAAAGGAUCAGACAGGAGGAAGCUGAAAGCUGACCUUUCAGCAGCAUUUCCGUCACUCUCUGCUGAUGAUCUGUCAGAGCUCGCCCCCAACAAAGAAGAAAUUAAUGUUGUGAAGAUUUAUGCGCACAAAGGAGAAGCUGUGACUCUUUAUGUUCUUCAUAAAAACCCUCUUUUCUUUGAACUAGAGAAACGACUUUAUCCUACAGUGUAUGUGCUUUGGUGCUACCCUGCUCUCCUACCAGUAUUCAGAACAUGGGCUCCUGUGCUUCAGAAGUUGAUUGGAGGGGCCGAUCUCAUGCUGCCAGGUGUGUUGAUGCCUUCAUGUGGACUCCCAGAUGUGAAACAAGGUUCCUGCUGUGCUGUUGCGAUUGUGAAUAAUAGGGCACCUGUUGCUAUUGGCCAAGCUGCAAUGUCAAGCGCAGAGAUGCACAGUUCGGGUAUGAAAGGGAGAGGAGUGUCUAUUCUCCACACAUACAUGGAUUACCUCUGGGCAUUUGGUGAUAAAUCAAAUCCUCCCUCUUUACAAGAUGAUGAUGAUGACGUAGAAGAUGCAAACGGAGAGCCAUGUGAAGUCAGUCAGAAAGAAGAAUAUAAAGAUGAUGAUGUUGGGAAGUGUGUGGAGGAGCAGCAAAGCUCUGGUGACACUGUCGAAGAUCAAGCCUGUUGUGGUUUUGAGGAACUGAGUCUCACAGAGAAGGAGGAAGACAAAGUGGAAAGCAGCAACGAAAAAUCCGAGGAGACCCAGGACGAGCAGAAAACUCCACAAGAGGAAAUGGAUGCCCUGCUGCUGCAGUGCUUCCUGCAUGCUCUAAAGAGCAAGGUUAAGAGGUCAGAGCUCCCUCUGCUGACUAGUACAUUUCUCCGCAACCACAUGUUCACCUGCUGCCCAAGUGGAAAGCAACUGGAUAUCAAGAAAUCCAGAUAUAAAAAGCUGUCCAAGUUUCUACAAGUCAUGCAACAGCAGUAUUGUCUUGUUCAAGUGAAAGAACUCACCAAGGGUGUGGAGAGCAUUGUGGAGGUGGACUGGAAAAAUCCACAACUGCGGUCCUUCAGCGUUCCAGAGGAGGCAGGUGUUGAAAAUAAGGUGCUGCAGGGUGGAGGAGAAGGAGAAGCCCCGUACCACCCUCCAGAGAUCACUACUCUAUACUCUGUCUCUGCUCGGUUGGAGCCACUGUUUUUGGACACAAACAAGAGGAAAGGAACAACAAUGCAUCCUGCUGAAAUCAGAAGUAUAGUCACUGACUAUGUGAAGAAGAAUGAGCUGGUGGAUGAAAAUAAUAAGAAUUACGUGACUAUAAACCCAACUCUGUGUGACUGCUUACUGGAAAAAUCAGAAUACCAGGAGGUAGAGUCUCUCAAGUGGGAUGACCUUUUUAGCAGGACAUUGGGAAGAAUGCAAGAGUGCUAUCAGGUUGUGUUCCCUGGACAGGCACCAAUUGUAAAGAAGGGUCACAUUGAGCCAAUAGACAUCUCUGUAGCUUCUCGGGGUUCCAACAAGAAGGUGACUCUAAUAAAGAAUUUGGAAGUAUACGGCUUGGAUCCUGCAGCAGUUGCCACUGCUCUGCAGCACAGGGUUCAGGCCAGCACAGUAUUACAGCUCCUCCCUGGAGCUAAAGACAGAGUCCUGGUCCAAAUCCAAGGUAACCAGGUUCAUCAGGUUGGAAGUUUGUUGCUUGAUCAAUUUCAGAUUCCUCGCAAGUACAUCCAGGGACUGGACAAAGCUCCCAAAAGUGGGAAAAAGAAGUAACAUUAAGCUCUGCUGUGCCAGCUUUUUAUUGUAUUCAAAGCUGCAUUAUCAUUUUAAGUGCAUUGUUGUCCAUUCUUUUAAUAAAUUGCAUACACUAUCACUUCCUGA